AUGGCUCCAAACAUUCCCAACUUUGGGUUUUUCCAACAAUUUGUGGCAUGUUGCUUUGCUCUAAGGUGCACCCUUGGAAAGGCUCGGCCAGCCUUUCAGAGCUUAGACAAAAGUCAUUAUAUGGGUUCCGAUCUUCAUUCAAGCUCACUAGAAGUUCCUUACAACGUGUUCAACCGGAAGCGUCCCUCAGGAAAUCAGCAGACCUCUAACCAAUUAGAUAUCUCCGGCUUUGAUACCCAUUGGGCGGAUCUUGGCAUCCACCAUUAUCUAGAAGCGGUAAAUCCUACAAACAAUGAGAAUUCCCGUGUUACCAAAAGACAAAGUACAGACUGGCACGGCUAUGACGGUCGCAUUCCGCCACCGGAUCCCGACCCGCUGGCCUUAACUUUAGGUUUCACUGAUCUGUUGACAGCAAUGGAAUUUGAAGUUUCACCUACUUCCUUCUUGCCAUCUGCAUCUAGCCUAAUUCCACAAGAACGGAGGCUCUUCAAUUCAGAAAACAGCCACUUAAAUGUCUUGACACCUGAGUCUAUGUUUGAAUCUGUGUCACGCCAUGAGAUGGGCACUAACAAUGAUGAUCUCAAGAUUUCUCGGCUGUUCGAGCAGUUACAGUCCCCUGAAUUCGAAAACAUCGACGCCCAGCGAUCCUUGUCAGCCUACGUGAUGCCAAGAUGUAAAAUCUUCUAG